AUGCAGGCCAACGCACCGCCUUCGUCGGCGGUCGCCCGCAGUGACUCUGCCAAGGCAUUCGACGGCAUACGUGCAAGCCCUGCCUCGAAGACGACUGGGCCCGACCAGCGUCCUACGUCCCAGGGUCACCAGAAAAUUGUCUUCACCGAUGCGGUCGCCCUCCGAUACCUGGAAGAAGACCCUUCGACCGACGUGCUGCACCGCCGCGAGACGCUGCAGGGCUACGAGAUAUACGUCGUCGAACAAUGGGCCUGCUCACGCUCGCACCCGACUUUUAUUAUUUCGACCUACACUGGAGACCCGUCACAUACGGUGGUCGUGGGCGUGCUUAGCGUCCCAACGGAUGAGUCGACAUGGUCGCCGCGGUUGCGGAUGUACUUUAACGCCGUGAAGCAAUACCAUGCUCGGAGGAAGGAGACGCCGCUGGGAGCGGUCAUGGUGACGGAUCUGGGCUCGUUUCCGUCUGCCCUGACCGUGAUUCCGGUGCCUGACGGCGAUCUCAAGAAACAUAGAUUAGACUUUAUCGUGAACGAGGACCUGAAACGGCUCGGUUGCGCGGGUCGUGCGGGCUUGAAGCUUCAGCCGCCGUUGGCUGCUACCGAAGCCAAGUUUCAUCAGCUCUACCGGACGAGUGAGCGGGUACCUCUCUAUACCGCAGUUCUUGAGCUGGUGAAGCAGUGCCAAAUUGCCUUGAUGGUGUUUGACAAGCUAGCCCCCGAGUAUGUGGACGGUCUGCUAUGCGACGUGACUGAGACGGCGAUCAGCGACUGGUGGGCGGAUAUCGGAACCGACCUGUACAAUGUUGAGCCAAGUGAUGGUGUUUUGGGGCCCACGACUGUCGCCGCUCUGCUGGGCACGCUUCUGGGGGCUCGGAAUCGACUACAUGCCUACGGUGCCCCGGUGGGAAAGGAUGCCUUCGACAUCGAUAACCUUAAGAGGGGAAUCGGCGGCUUUCAGAAGGCCCAGAAAAUGAAUCGGUCUCGCAGAUUGGACCGGCGGACUCUGGAUAAACUACAUCGUGCUACUGCCAAGGCAGCCAAUGCAGACGGAUGGACCGAUGCGAUCAAGUCAACCAUGACGGAGCUUAGUGGACAGGGUGGUGAAAUGGUCAUGGGUAUGGUCCGCCGCCGCGAGAAGGGCGGAAUUGCCGAUGUCGAGACUCUUGAUCUCGACAACUUUGUACAGUACGUGUACGGCUCCAGGGCGAAAUGGCUGUGGCUCGGGAAGCCGCGCAAAAGUGGAAUUGACAGUGGUUUCACACGAGGUCCGGGGACAGACAUGAUGUUUACGACGGAUGACCAAGGGGGUUACGUCUGGACGAGUCGGAAGAAACACUCCACAGAGGACUUGCACGCCGAGCGGGUGGCUUCUGGUCUUGAUCGACAAUGGAGGGCUCCUGAGUUGGUGAUCCCAGAAGAAAGGGAUCAUCGGAAAAGGGGUGUCAGUGGCAGAGUUUCAGAUGCCCGGGCUGGUCUGGGUCGUUUUAAAGAUGCCGUUGGGCUACAGGGCCUGCGUUCACAUCACCACAAGCAUUCACGAGAAGGGGUGGACUUGACCCACGAUAUUGCGUAUUAUCCGCAGAUCGACAGCGAUACUGAGACGUCCGCUCAAAAGUCCAAAAGUGGCUCUGGUCCGUCAGAAACGAAGGUGGGCGAUGAGUUCGGAACUCGACCAGAGGACGAACAGAAUAAUCAGCUUUCCGCCACGGCGGAGUUUGUCACUGAGGUCCAGCCUCCCGAAAUCCACGUUGAGACUGUGCCGCCCACAUUUGAAGUCGACGAGCAGUCCGAGCAAGCAGACCAAGUAGCAUGGCUGCAGCCCAUCCCAACGAUAGACGAGGAAUCAGGCCUCGAACGCGUCAGGAGCCGGUCUAGCGCUGCUUCAAGCGACCGAGGACAGGGCCGAGAUGAGCCUGGCUCCGAUUUAGCUAUGAUGGCCCUCCGUCGUCCACAGAGCUGCGAAGAACUUCGGACUAUCGACAACCAAGACCCACGACGGAACGAUUGGUGCGCGCGACACCUCUCCUUCAGCAAUGUCGAAGAGGCUGUACUCAGCUGGGUUCCGCUGGGCGGUCGGCCUACAAUCAAAGACCCGACGAACCUAGAAGAGGCUAUUGCAGAAGAGGAUAUGCUUGCAUCGGACGCUCGCAUCUUCAGCACCCGCAUCCUAGAACUCAGCGAACAUACUGUGCCAUGGGUUGAGCGCCAGGUCGAUUCCGUCGAUGGUCUGAAUAACAUCUUGUAUGACCAUCACGAAGAGCUGAACGCCGUGUACCUGGAACGCUUCCGUGAUUACCAGCGGCUGCGCGAACGAUCUAGCGACCUCCUCACAGACGAGCACGCCCAUCUCAGCGACAGCGUGAAGCACGUCGAGCUGUUGGGCGCGAAAUUGGAUUACGAGCUGCAUGUUCUCGAGUCUAAAGUCGAGGAUAUGGAGGCGGGCCUGGGCGAUUUCGAGCGGCACAUCAUGAACGUGGAAACACGCAUUAAGGGCUUGCUCCAGGGCGAGGAGAAGCAUAGCGUUUCCUGGAUUACCUGGUUACGGCGGUCGAUCGGGCUUACUGCGCAGUGA